AUGUCCCAGAGAAUACUUCUCUCGCUCCUGGUCCCGCUGCUCCUUACUGUCCUUACUCUCGCCAGUCCUUCGCCCCAACUCGUUGACACCGUAGCCAAGCCUGCGACCGCCCCUUCAUGGGCGCUCUCCACGCGCCAAAGUUCUGAAAACGGGGUCAACAUCAUCGCUGGUAGCACCGGCUCCGCUACGGCUUACGGCUCGGAAGUGCACGUCAUCUCAGACACGGAGCUUGGAACCUUUGGCCUGGCCGGUGACGACCUCAAAGCCGCUGUGGGGGCCUAUGCGGGCCGCGAGCCCAACGACGCCUUUGUGCGCAGCCCGACCCCUUGGGACGACCUGUACACGAAAUACAGUUGGCCACAAGUGACGACAACGAUCCGGCCGGUCAGCGCCGAAGUGAUUGACCAAAGCGUGGAACCUGUGAUCGUGGCCGAGGUGCCGUUCAACAACACGUCGUCGCAGACGGCGACAUUUGACGCUUCGGCCAACCAGGAAGUGCGCAACACGGUGAGCACGAGCUGGAGCAACUCUGGGUCGUUCACGUUCACGCAGACGAUGAAUUACGAGGUGGAGUUCCAGGGUACUGGCGGCGGGGUCGAGACGAGCUUCGGGUUCUCGAGGGGGUGGGGCGAGUCCGGCGAGGAGUCGCAGACGAUCGUGGUCGGGCUGACGUCGGGCGCUUCUGUGGAGCUCGAGCCGGGAGAGGCGGUGUUUGCAACGAUCCGAGCAUCCCGGGGAGCGAUGAAGGUCAGGGUGACUUACUUGGCGACGGUUGGCGGGUUGGUGGCGUGCAACUACAACCCCACGCAUAACGACCAUCACUUUUGGGCAUACGAUGUUAAUGGGGUGCUCAGAGCCAAGGAGCUCCCCACGGAAAGGCUGGUCACGCAGGAGAUUGAGGUCGGAUAUUUCUUUGACUCUUACGUGGAGACUUCGGAUGUUAGCCGUAUUCGUUGAUCAUGGUGUGCUUCUUGGAUGACUUCAAUAGAACUGGCAAUCGUUCACGAGAUAUCCAUUGCGACGGUAAAGCAUGUAGCAGUACGACACUGAUAGAGAGCCCUGGGCUUUCUAGUAUCGACCGACCAUAUCCAUAAAUUAUGCUUUCGAGCGCUUUUUCAGCA